CACACACACACACACACACAGAGCAGUGUUUACUUAUUUACGUUAACCUGAGCCGGUGCCUGCCAGCUGUCACUACCUCAAGCGUUUCAUUUCGUUUUCUAAAAGCUCAUGAUAUUUAAUCCAACCAUAAGAGCCAUAGCUCCAUGCUGGCUCUGGGUUCUGUGUGUAUGUGUGUGUAUUCCAGAGUUAGACUGUUUAACCAAGAGCCAUCAUGGAAGCUUCAGUUUCACUCACUACGAGAACAGCCAAUCAGAUUGAUCAGAACGCUGCGAUCCCAGGAGCAUGAGGAAGACCAGGCCUGUGUCUGACGGGGGUCCAAUGAGCAGUUUAUCCCCAAAGUUCAAACAGCAGGAGCCUCUCUUGUCUGUCACCUAUGGGAUAAUGAGCACCUUGCCCCCUCUGGACCCACCAUGCCCCUCUCCAACAACGAGCCCAUCUGCCCAAAGUUCCAGCCCAACAUCUUCGACCCCUCCCGCUGCCACGACUGCCUUCGCCAGAGACACCUGCACACCAGCUCAGGGGAGAGCCCCGAGGCGGCCCCUCAGCAGAAACCCUUGUCAAAGCCUGAAACUGGGACCAAAACUGGAACCGAUGUUGGGAUUGGAAGUGGGAUUGGGUCGGGCAGAGGAGUGUUUCUACUGACACCAAUCCCCUCCCAGGCAGAGGAAAGAGACACCAACAGCAGCAAGGAGGACUCUGACGGUCUAUCAGUGGUGAGUAGCUACUGUGAUGUCAAUGGAGGUCACGCGGGUUACGAUGAGACCUCUUUGUGCAUCCUGAGCCCAGACUGUGAGCUUUAUAUUUGUGACGGCGACGACGACCACAGCACAGACAGCUGUUGGGACCAAAGCGCAGAGUUCAGCAGUUCUGUUAGCGUUGAGGACGAGUACUUGGCUAUUCAACGCCGUCCCACCAAGUUCAGCAUGACCCGGCUUGACCCUCCACCUCACCGGCCCAACCCACGGGCCUGGAUGGAGGAGACUCGAGGCAGCAGCUUCCCUGGACGCUCAGGAUUAAAAGAAGAGAAGCGUGAAAGUGGCUACUACUCCCUAGGGAGGGCAGCAGGUGUUCGUUCCCUGUCUGAAUCAAGCCCAGCUUCUCCUUUUCGACACUUCGAAAGAGGUCAUCCCAUCUUUGGCCACAGGAACGUUGAGCCCAAAGAUACUGUCCCCUUCAGAAACCCAAAUCUCGGCGUGGCCUCCGAGAGGUUGAUACCAGAGGUUUAUGAUGAGGACUUACCUGAAGAAAUCCCUCCCCCUGACCCUUACGAAGUUGCGGUUGAAGUUGAGGCACAAGUUGGACCCCGAUCCCCGAGCCCUACCCCUUUUAAGAUAGCAGAGUCACUGGCCUCAAGUGGUCGAAAGGGUUCAAGUCGAGGAAAUCCUUCGUCUCAUAACAUCCCCUCUCAACAGUUUGGGCGAUAUGAUUCCUCGAGGCAAAGCUCAGCCCUGCAAUCUCGCUCUUCUUCCCCCUCACGUGGAAAUUUUCAAAUGAGACGCAGUGAAUCCAGCAGCCUUCUAAGCGGGCAAAACUUUGACAGUGGAGGAUGGCCUCAAGGGACAACACCAGGAUUGAGAAGCUCCUUGCAGAGCACACAGGGGAGACGCUUUGAAUCAGGGACUCUACCAAGAAACUUCAAAUCGUUGGCUGGUCCAGUCAAAACCCAAACCAGUGCAAUUUCUGAUUUUAGGGGUGCUUUACGAAAAACUGAAGUGAACAGUUCUUCAGGUGGACGAAGUGCUGACAUCAGAAGUUCAUCUCCCCCAAGGAGCGAUCGUAGCUCUUCAGCCCCGAUGUCUAGUUUAUCACAAGGACUUGGCAGCAGCAGUCGUACUUCCUCUCCAUCUAGGAGAUCUUCAGACCGUGUGAGCGACAGUCGCACUUCCUCACUGCCGAGUAGAAAUUUUAGCGCAUUUAGUCGAAACUUCCUUCGUAAAUCUGAAUCAGUUAUGUCUCUAAAUGAACAUAGUCAUCAUGGACGCUGUGGAUCCCCGGUAAGAGAGGGCUAUGGCAUCGAAAGCCAGGCUCAACUGCGUAACCAAUUAACUAGAAAUGAACAAGAACAAUGUGAAGACCUUGAUGUGUCUCCAUCUAGACAAGGAUUUGACAGAAUGAGACCAUCCAUACUUCGCAAAACCGAGUCAAGCACAGCCAGCAACAGUCAAAGUUGGAACAGCCAUUACUCUUCUCCUGGAAAGAGAGGUCAUGAAUCUGUUAAUCAGCAUCAGUAUGGGGAAAGGGACCUCAGUGUUCGUUCAUCAAAUGAUCGUGGUUAUGAAAAACGUAGCUCAUCACCAUCAAGGAUAAGCAAUGAAGCUCCUUCUCAGUCACUGCUACACAAGUCUGAAAUAAACAGUGCUGUAAGAAGCCACAGCAGCUCCAGCUACUCGACUUUAAGGAAGACCUAUAAUGCCCCUGACCACCAUUCACAUCAAAUGACAAAAACUGGUAUCACCCUCAACAACAAGAAUCAGAACACAAGCUUCUCUCCUUCUCGAAAAGGCAACAGUGAUCCACCAGGUUACUCCGUCCUCAGAAGUGCUACCAAUGGAGACUCUGCUCAUUCCUUUCAGAGAAAGAUCACUGCCAGUGAAACUAAAGCUGACUCUGAUCGCUCACCAAACUCGUGGAGGGGAUCUGCUCAUUCCCCGCGCAGCUCCUCACCAUCUCGACCCAUCCCUAGAAAAACUGUAAAUAGCAACAGCACUGCUUACGUCCCUUUGGAGAUGACCAGAACUUCUGGCAGCAUCAGAUCUGCACAUGGUAGACACGAGGAUCACUGUCCCCCUUCAAAAGAUAAGAGGUCCUCAUAUCGUGCACAAAGUCACUCUCCUUCACCCCAGAUUGAUAGGAAGUCAUAUCAACGUCCAAGAAGUCCCUCUCCUUCACCUCAGAUUGAUAGGAGGUCAUAUCAACGUCCAAGAAGUCCCUCUCCUUCACCUCAGAUUGAUAGGAGGUCAUAUCAACGUGCAAGAAAUCCCUCUCCUUCACCACAGAUUGAUAGGAGGUCAACUCAACGUCCAAGAAGUCCCUCUCCUUCACCACAGAUUGAUAGGAGGUCAACUCAACGUCCAAGAAGUCCCUCUCCUUCACCUCAGAUUGAUAGGAGGUCAACUCAACAUCCAAGAAGUCCCUCUCCUUCACCUCAGAUUGAUAGGUCAUAUCAACAUGCAAGAAAUCCCUCUCCUUCACCACAGAUUGACAAGAGGUCAUCUCACCGUGCAAAAAGUUCCCCUCCCUCACCUCAGAUCGAUAAGAGGUCAUCUCACCGUGCAAGAAGUCGACCUCCUUCACCUCAGCUCAGCAAGAUGCCCUCGCAUCAUAUCCAAAGUCCCUCUCCUCCACCCCAGAUGGACAAGAAGCCCUCCCAUCGUGCACGGAGCCCCUCUCCUCCACCUCAGAUUUAUAUCCAGAGCCACACCUCUUCGCAGAGUUCCAUGGAGUCAUCAGAAUCGAGCCGGAUCUCAGUGGGAUCAACAGGACGGAACAAGGAGGAGUACGCCAUGUUGGCCGACCUGCCAAAAGUCAAAAAGAUCCAUCAGAAGGAGGAGCCAGGCCACACGGGGCGUCCACAGAACAGUCAGCCUGUUCGGAGGCAGGAGCUCUUUAAACCUGCCAGUCACUCCCUGAGCAGGCAUCCCUCAACGGAGUGGGACGAUACAUUGGACACAGACAGAGAAUGGCACUAUGGGGGCAGUGGGUAUCUGUCUCGAGCUCAGUCCACUACCUCGUUACAGAGGUCUGGCAGUCCCACGGCAGACGAGGGCAGUUCUUGGAAAAGUAAUCGGCACAGAUCAGAAAUGCAGCCGGACCUCUUAAAUUUCAAAAAGGGCUGGAUGUCMAAGCUAGACGACAGCGGGGAGUGGAAGAAACACUGGUUUGUUCUGACUGACGCCGGGCUCAAGUAUUACAGGGACUCAACAGCAGAGGAGAAAGAUGACUUGGACGGAGAGAUUGACCUAAAAUCCUGUGUGAAGGUUUCAGAGUUUGACGUGGAGAAGAACUAUGGGUUUCAGAUACAGACGCGGGAGGCUGUAUUCACGCUGUCUGCCAUGACAGCUGGGAUCAGGCGGAACUGGAUUGAGGUUUUAAAGAAGUGCAUCAGACCCAGCAGCUCUCCAGACCUCACCCAGUUACCUGACAAUAACAGCGAUAAAGAAAAUUCCCAUGCACGCCUUUUGUCGUCUUCCCGCCUCCACUCCUUACGUCGCAGCGACUCUCAGUCCGAAGUCUCGACCUCCAGCCCUGUGACGAAGCACAGGUUUGACUACGUGGAACUGUCCCCUGUCCCCGUCUCCUCCGGUUCUCUCCCAGCCGGUCAGAGGGAAGCKGGAGAAGGACAGGGGCGAGAGCACAUCCAGUGGCAGGAGGAGAGGAACACCAGCAGCCAAUGGGAGGCCAUUUUGUCRAGGGAGGGCACUGGCGUUGGAUCGAACCAGAAGCUGCACGUAGAGGAUGAAAUUGAGAAAAAGUGGGCGGAGUUUGAACGAAUGCCAUUCAAAGAUGUGAGCUCUUUACCUCUGACAGGAUCGCGGUCUUCUAGCCAGUCAGCCAACGAGGCGCUGCAGAGGGAGGUGGCGUCACUGAGGCAACAGGUAGAGCGACUACAACAUGGAGGACGGGGAGGGGGAGGAAGAGCGCGGGGUGUUUGCGGUCCCGAAGCCCCCUGCAGCCGCAGCCUGGCAGCCAUGGAGCGCGCUCACAAACAGGCGCUGGAGGAACUGCAGAGGCAGCAYGASCGCCAGAUGAGGGAGCUGGAGAGGGAGAGGGACAGGCUGCUGCUGGAGGAGACUCAGGACACGACACGAGUGAUGGAGGCUCUGAAGAAAAAACACAAGGAGGAGCUGGAGAGGGAGGUGGAGAAAGUGAAGAGGCUGAGCAGCGGGAAGUUUGAUUCGCACACUUUAAGAUCUCAACAGCAGGAAGAAACUCAGUCCCUGCAGAGGGAGCUUGCCGGUCUGUCUGAACGCUACUCCCAGAAGUGUCUGGAGCUGAACCGAGCCGAGCAGGCAAACGCCGAGAGAGAACGGGAAAUCAGCCGAAAGGAGAGGGACAUGGAGCAGCUGAGGAAAGAGAACUUGGAUUUAAAGGCCCGUUUGACAGAGGAGAUGACUCAAACCCGAUCUCCAGGCACAGAUCUGAGCUCAGAGAACCACAAAGGCAAGCUGCCCUGUGAAUUCGAGGUUCUCCUCAGAAUGAAAGAGAAUGAGAUCGAGUAUUUACACAAAGAGAUCAGCUGUCUAAGGAACGAGCUACAGUUUCUCAACAUGGAAAAGCAGCUGGCCUGUGAGCGAUACGCAGCGGUGCACAGCGAGCUGAACGGGAUGAAGGGCCGAACGGAGCGGGAGAUUCAGAGCCUGAAGGAGCACCUGAGGCUGGCCAUGGCUGCUCUGCAGGAGGGACAGAAACUGGGCAACAGCCUGGACCAUUGACAAGCUGUUGCUGGUACUAAUGCUGUGAGACGGGGGGAUGAGUGUCGCCGAAAUACAGGCUAAGACAUUUGAAGAGACUUUUUGUUUCUCUCUUUUUAUACUUGACUCUUCAGUUGCUGUGGUGACUGAGUCAAAGAGAUAUUUGUACAAAACUUGUACUGUUGUUUCAGGAUCUUAAUGACUUGGCUUUCAGUAAAUCUGCCAAUGAGAAGCCAUAGGUUUAAUUACACUGGGCCUUAUGUGAUAUAUUAAAGUGCACUUUUUCCUUUUUGUUWUUGCUUUUUUGGGAGCGCAAGUUAGUAUGGAUACACAUUUGGUCUUAAAACUGGAACAUGUUUAGAUUUUUGUUGUAGAUAAAGACUGUCUCAACUUUUUAUAUAUCUGCUGUUAUCAGCUUUCCGUUUUAAGUUUUGCCUACUUCAGGAAAAUGUCACACGUCUUAAUUGGAAGCUUAAUAUUUACUGUAGCUGUUUUUCUGCAAACUUUAUUAAACCUUGUUGUUUUGUUUAUUAAAUAUGUGGAACAUACAUUGGGAGUCAAACAUGGCAAUACAGCACAAUGUGUAAAGCUGAGUGAAUGAGAAACAGAUUCAGACUUGUUGCUGGUGUUCUUGCUUGUUCAAGUUUCUGCAUCUUCAACACGUGGAUGAGAACUCCCAAGCUUCCUGUCUCUCCUGAUCCCUCAUUGGCAUUUUCUGUAUGUGCCAGCACCAUGACAAAUGACAGGUGUUGCAUCAAUGAGCCAAUUAUAUUUUUAUAAAUAUAUAUAUAUGCAUAUUUUUUACUGAUUGAAAGGUAUUGUGACAAAAUAAUUUAACAACCUACUUUUUAAAAAUAAUUUUCAUAUUUAAUGUAUUAUAGAGCCAGCAUGGUCUUUGUAAAUUAUACUCAUUUUUGCAAUCAAUAAAAUGACUUCAGCAGGAAAAAA